CUUUUCAUAAAACUGCAGAAGUGAAUCCAUCAGCUGGACGAGCGGUUGCCGUGAAACGAAGGGGACGCCAAACGCGACCGUCUUUCACCUUUAUUUCAGGUUUCGUUGGGCCUGCAGUUUGAUGGCAGUCAACAUGAUUCUCUAGCUGCUUUCGGAAUUCAGCCACGAAGUAUGAGCGGGGCUCAGUUUUCGAUGUCGGGCGAGGAGUAUUUGGCCCGUCAUCAUGUGAUCACAUACCUGGAAGACGCCGUCAGUCAGCUGUUGGAACACAAGGAAGAAAACCCACGAGUCAACCCUGCCAAGUUCCUCAGUGACUAUUUCACCAGUGUUCACCGUGGUAACCACACCCUGUUCCGUGAGUAUGAGUAUAUCAAGGCCACGCCCCACAACAGAACCGCCUUCAUCCGCAUCUUCUGGAAGUGUUUCCGUCAGGUCGGCAAGAGUGGAGACCUGCUGAAUGCGAAGGAGUACCAGUCCUUACUGUGUCUGCUGUGUCCUGACUUUCCACUGGAGCUGGUACAGAAAACAGCCAGAAUAGUUCUGAUGGACGAUGCCAUGGAUUGCCUCAUGUCCUUCACUGAUUUCCUGUUUGCCUUCCAACUUCAGUUUUACUAUGAUGAGUUUCUGUACACGUGUUCCGAGAUCUACACUAACAUCAUGUCCGCCACCCGCGGCAGCCGAGACGCGGUCGUGGUUCCCGCGGUCUCCCGCUCCAAAGGGAAGACUCCGCAGCUGGCGGACGGACCUGACAGCGUGGAGUCGGCACAGUUCUUUGAAGCAGUGAAGAUGCUGUGUGAAACAUUCCAGUUCAGCCACCCCCCAGUGGACAUUCUUCGCGGAAUCCUGACGUCUGCCCCCAGAGUGUCGUUCUACGGCUUCCUCAUGGCGCUGGCGAAACACGACGGCAUCAACUCAGCCGUCGGAAUUUUGCCACCCAAGGCACAGAUUCUGGAUGACACUGACCCUGACAUACAGAUGUAA